AUGUCUCAAUCUCCCCUGCCAGCGAAACUGAAUUUGCCAGGCACAAGAUCAUAUCCGCCAUGCAUCUUCAACACACAAGCCGAAAAGAACCUAUACAAACGCCUUCGAGAUGUGUAUGAAGAGCAUUGUGAUACUUGGGAUGCCGAAGCACACGAUGCAUGGCCAGUCAUUGUUGAACACGCAUCGCUGGCACCUUCAACAAUUGGCAAAAUCACGAAUCAUUACAUCACGAGACACAUGCAGAAUAACGGCGUGACAUGGGCACAUGUGGUUGCACUUCGAAUCAUGUAUGAGAAGCAACUUUACAAGAGCAGAAAGUUGAUGGGGCUCAUUCGGGGCAAAUAUCCAAAUGCAAGCUUCGAAACAUUUGCAUACAGCGAGGACUACACACUCUCCUUCAAAUCCGAAAUGGCCAGAGAAGCACAAGAACAAGCAGCUCCAAAGACACCAGCAGUGGACAACAGCGUUCAAAGACUCCAGGGCGAUGAAGGUCUGCAGCUCAAUAGAACACCUGCGAACAACCACCACCGUGAGAUGAGUAAAGGGGCUGUUGAGUUUCUGAGCGACGGAAAUUCCUCUGAAGACGAGCCAAUCAUGUGGAAUUCGUCUAAGAGGACAAAACCGCCACCUGCUCAGAGUACAACACGGAAAAAGCGAGCUGCUACCACCAAUGCACGAAACGAAGGCGGAGCUGAGCCGCACAGACGCACCAAGAAGCCGCGCCAUGCGGCCAGAGGCAUUACAAAUGUACCUUCUCCCUCCGGAGAGGUCAAGGAGAGGACAAGCGAAGAGCAAGAAACUUCAAUAGACGUGUUUGAAAACUUUAUGAAUGCUCUCAAAGAGAAUACAAAGGCAACAAACGACAACAUAAGAGCCACCGAAAAGAAUAGAAAAGCCACCGAGGAGAACACGAAAGCCAUUGAGGAGCAUACAAAAGCUACAGAAGAAUAUACAAAAGUUAUCAAGGAGAAGAGGGCACGCAGCAAAGCGGCUUCAAAGAAAACCACAAAGGAUCAAAAUGUGUGA